AUGCCGGCCGUCACCGGGAUCCCAGUCCUUUACGGUGGCGAGAAGCACCAUCGCUUUGAGUUGCCCAUACCCAAACAGCUAGCUACGCAGCUUCUCGUCGGAAACGCUCAGAUGGCGGAGCAACUGCAGCAGCCGGCGCAGGGCACACCGCCCAAGACUUCGGCCGCCUCUGCGUCGUCCUCCGCCGCCACUCCCGGAUACACCAUCUUCCCAGGCCGUAUCCCUGCACCCCUGCAGAAACUCUUUGCCCGCUUUCCUCUCUACACAUACCCGGCCAACGACCUGCCGGCGCGAUGUCCUCGGCCCCGCGAGAGCAGUAGCAGCAACAACAGUCUACCCACGCUGUUUGUCUUCAUCUCCGACGAUGAUGCCGCCAAGGGCCGGCCUAGCUUCAACCCUACUUGCCUAAAGUGGCAGACGUUCCUACGUAUAGCAGGCGUAGAGGUCCAAAUCCUGCCAUCAACGAACCACGCAUCCCCGACCGGCGCCCUCCCCUUCCUCCUCCCGUCUUCGUCUCCGACACCGAUACCGGCCAACAAACUACAAGCUUACGCCGCAGCCGCCACAAAAGCCAACAACAACUCCCAACAACAACCAGAACCCACCACCAUCCUGGCCAAAGAAUCCGAAGCCCUCUACACCUCCCUAGUAGACCAUCCCAUCCGCCGCGCCUGGCUGCACACCCUAUACCUCGACCCGGCCAACACCCAGCUCCUGACCUCGCUGUACCUGUCCCCAGCGAGCCGGUCACCGCUAGCCCAGCGCGCGCUGCACGCCCAGCUCCGCGCCGCCGCGCACGCCGAGCUGGCCGCGUCGCACAACGGCGUCGACUGCCCCGCGCCCGAGACGCUGCGCGCCGACGCGGCGAGGGCGUUUGCUAGCCUGGGCGCCGAGCUGCUGGCGGGCAGCGGCAGGGAGUGGUUCACCGGUGCCGCGGGCCCGGGCCUGCUCGACGCCGCCGUCUUUGCCUACACGCACCUGCUGCUCGCGCUGCCCUGGGGCGACAGGUCGCUCGCCGAGGCGCUGGCGGCCGAGGCCCCGGCGCUGGUGGACCAUCGGGAUCGCAUGCUGGAGAGGCUCUGGGGUGGUGGUGGAGGUGCUGAGGAUUGCGGCGCUUCUGUGGAGUGGGAGAAAAUUUGA